CUUUGGAGGAAAAUUUAUUCUCAAGGUCGCCGGUUGCGAGUUUUUUGAUAUACGAUACUAACAUUGUUCCACAACAUUACUCUGUUAGUUUAGGUGUCGAUUCACACAAAACUAGGCUACUUAUGUGGCACAGAAUCUGUUCCUGAUCUGCUGUAUACUGAAAAAUAAUGUCGUCAACUCAGAUACGAAACUACGUGGCGGAACUUUCUAAUUUAAAGGAUCAAUUCAACACCCUUUCUAGCCAAUCUAGUGAGAAGCUUAAAAAGAUUAUUCAAACUGUCCAAUCUUAUCAAACGCGUAUGGAGCCGCUAAAUAAAAAUAUGGAACAACUUCAGAUUUUACAAAGAAAUUUGGAGGCCUGUCGAUUAAAGUUAAGUCAAGUGCAAGAGUAUCACCGCACCGGUCGUGAGUUGGAAAAUACUAUUAGACAAGGACCGACAGUUUUUACUGACAAAUUUUUAAAGGCUAUGGAACGUAUAAAGGAUGCGUUGGCUUAUUUUCAAGAGAAUAAUCCACAAGAUAUUGAAUUUAGUCGAUUGACAUCAUUGUAUUCAAUUGGUUUAGGAAGCUUGGAACGUGAAUUCGAUGGUUUAUUAAGACAAACUUUCCGUCCUAUAGAUGAUGCUACUUUAAUAAGAUUAAUGGAUCAAAAAGUCUCUGACAAAGAAUCAGGUGAUGGUUCAUUAACUGAAGAUACAGAACAAAUAGAGGAUAUUCCAAAUAAUAUGUUGAAUAGUUUACGUUUUCUUGCUAAAUGGAUGAGUGAAAAUCAAUCAUUUGUAAACAAACCACAAGGUAUAUCUCAAGGAUGUUUGACAAAAUAUUGUGAAUGCCGUCGUGAACUUAUCCGUUUAAAUUUAGUAAGAGUACGUGAAUUAUUAAGAAAAGCUGAAAAUCCAUCAUCAUCAUCAUCUGGCACAAUAUCUAAACCAGGAUUUCUGCCGCCAAACGUACGUGGUCGCACUAAACGCCUCCCUGGAUUCGUUUGGGAUAUAAAUGCUGUUCGACUGAUUAAUGAAGCAGAAACCGAUGAACUUGAUUCUGAACACUAUGCUAUCGCUCUAGGUGUUCUUGUCAAAUUAAUGCAAAAUGAAUGUAUUUUGUUGGAUCGUUUACAGUUGACUGCUAGUCCACAAGAUUCUCAAGUGUUAUUGUUCAAUAUAUUUAAAAACGGGUCAUCUGAUAUCCUAACUGAAGGAACAACACUAACUCGUUUAAUGCAUCGAGCUCAAGGACGGGCAGAAUCUCAUAUGGUUAUGUCAUUAUUAGUAGUACUUAAAAAGUUUUUCCAAAUUUCUGAUGAUCUUGUAUCUGUACUUCAGGGUGUUGAUAAUGUAUUAAUUGAUUUUAAUCAAUUAGUUCUUCGUUUAUUAAGUCAAAGUAAAAUAACGCUAGAAACUUAUGUACAAUUUUUACAACAAGUUACAGAAAAGUCUAGUUCAAAUAGUAAUAUUGUACCCGAAGAUGGAACAAUACAUGAACUUACAACUAAUGCAUUGAUGUAUUUAGAAAACUUGUUAGAAUUCGCUGAUAUUAUUGGCACUACUUUGUCAUUUACUGAAGCUGGUCCACAAGCUACCACUAACACACUUAAAUAUCUUACCACUAUUGGCCAAAAUCAUGCCUUUUUGGAAAAUAAAUUUGGGAAUUAUUUAUUUAAUGCUAUAUUCGCUCUUAUGACAAAUUUGGAACGUAAAUCAGAAGUUUAUUCUGAAGAGAUACGUCGAAUGAUUUUCCAAAUGAAUAAUAUUCAGUACAUAUUGAAAAGUAUUUAUAAGACAAAUAUUCACCGUUAUCUUUUAUCACAAGAUCGUGAAGCUGUUGCCAAAAUUACUAGUAUAUUGGAUGAACGUAAACUUUUUUAUACACGAUGUUGUGCUGAUAUACUACACCUACGACCAUUUCCUGAAAGUUGUGGAUCAAGUAGUAUUCGUCGACGUAGAGCCUCUCAAUUUGGAUCUGUAUUACUAGCUUCUGUAUUAUCACCAAAUCUAAACACUAAUCAUCAUAAACAUUCAAUCACUAACAAUGAGCAAUCUCAAGAUACUGUGGAUGAACAUCUAACCAAGAUAGAUCAAAAGGAGAGAUCUUUUUUAAAAUCUCUUUGGAAUGAUUUUAAUAAUGGACUGAGUACUUUAACUAAACAACAUCAUCUUAUUUCAAUACCUGAUCGAGAAUUGAAAAAUAGUUUAGAGCAUCAAUUAGUACGGGAUCUAGUCGCUUUAUAUCGUGGUUUCUGGGAAAAAUCAAUGUCUAUCGCAUUCACAACAAAUCGUGAUAAAUAUAUUAAAUUGUCCGUUGAAGAAUUUGAAAUUCGAAUACGACAUUUGUUUAAUGGAACAUCAACUAACAGUACACGUCAAUAAAAAAAAUACUUCCUUUUUUUAAAAUAAACGAAAUAGUGAUCUUCAUACCGUUGUUAUCGUUGAUUUUGUUACUUUAGUUGUUUCUUUAUUUGAAAGAAAAAAGACUUAGUUCCUUCGCAAUGUUUUCUCCACAAAAUAUAAAACUGAAUUCUCUGUUUUUAUUUUUCUCUUUCUUUCUUUGUUUUGUAAUAAAUAGUUUGAAAACUUACAUUGAUACCGUACAAUAAUUAAAUGCUUAAUCAAAUACAUAACGUUAUUGUGCUAUUUUAUGUUAUACGUUUCUACAGCCUCCAAGUGCCCUGGUGCGGUCGAAAGUGGGGAGAGUCCGCUCUUUCUCUCGAAAUGCUCUCACAUGGCCACUGCCAGGGAAGUCCUACUCAAUGAGGCGAGUGCGUUGUUUGCGAAACUGAGAGGACGAAAAGCGAAUUUCCAGCGCUUUAACUGGGUUGGUGGACACGGAGAGUCCACCUAGGGGAGUUGGACAACCCUAAUCCCAAACCAAUAGUGCACAUGAGAUCUAAGAUCCUGAGGGAUAAGUGGCGUUUGAACCUAUUGUUGGUCACAGGCUACCAUGGGACUAUAUGUCCUAACGUUGCUCCACUGCCUUGUGGGUUAGACCUUUAAGUCAAAGGCUCCGGGUGUGGUUCCUAAGAAAACCACCUGCUUCAGUUCGGGUACUCGGGCAGUAUCACAGCCUUCACACAAAUCAAUGAUAACUGAUACCGGCCUCAUUGUUAUUGUGUGGCACAUAUCUAUUUGGUGCCCCUUGUACCAAUAUUUAUGUUUUCAAGUAAAAUAAUAAAAUAAACAUCCAUACAACUUGUAUGCAUGUGGAUAAUAAACUUAUAUUUUUAAGCCUAAUGUAUUUUUUUUUAUUUUAUACUGGUAUCGAUCGUGUUUGAAUGUUUUCUUAUUACGUUUAUGUCCUUGAAAAAGUACUUGAACAACAUAAUACUUUUCAGCAACUUUCAUCUUAUGUCCUACAAUGAUAAGUUUUCCAAACUAAUAUUUUUUGCUAUAGCCAGAGUCAAAUAUUCAUUGACAGGUAUAAAACGAAUGAGUAGCAAAAAUGAAAGAAUUCAUUGACAAUACUCUAUUUUUUGCAGUUCAUAUUUUCGGAAAUAUUCAUUUUUGGCGUAAUAGUUCUCCUUUCAAUGUCAUUACGAAUUGAUAUCGUCUGGAAAAGCAUUAAGAAAUCAAGGAGCACUGAAUUGUUGGGAAUGAGUUUUGAUGUAGCCUUUUGAAAGAUGAAAUUUUACUACUUCCAAUACUAUUAUACCAUAAAAGUAUUUUCAACUUAAAGCCGUAUAGAUAGGUCUCCAUACUUGGUGAAUAGGUUACGUUAUUAUCAAUCAAAUUUGUUGUAUUCUUCCUUAAAAACCAUUGCCUUUAAGUAAUACUACUUCAUAUCGAAACAGGUGUCGUGUACCAUGAAAUAAUUAUGAUGUGAUGGAUAUUUGUAGUUGGUCGCAGAUUUUAAAUAAUGCCCUGGAAAAGCUAUUUUUAACUACUUCUAUACAGGCUAGAUCAACUUUGGAAUAAUUUAAUCAUGAUGAUUUCAAACAAUUGUUCAUUCUUCGGUCAAUGAAUGCAUACAAUACACCUAUUUUUUCUUGUUUAUUUCUCCAGGAUUAUGGAUAUAUUUUCAUGCUAUAAAAAAGAUGAUAUACCUUUUGUUCGGAUUUCUGCUCCUAUGGUUCGAUAUACAAAAUUACCAUUCCGUUUACUACUUCGAAAACAUAACGUUGAUUUAGUUCAUACACCCAUGAUACUGGCUAAUUCAUUUAUUCGAUCAGAGAAAGCAAGAAAUGUUGAGUUUACAACUUGUUCAAAUGAUCGACCGUUGAUUGUACAACUUGCGUCAAAUGAUCCAUGUGAAUUUACUAUAGCCACGGAAAUGCUUGCACCAUAUUGUGAUGGAAUUGACUUAAAUUGUGGUUGUCCUCAACCCUGGGCGAUAGGUAGUGGAUUAGGAUCAGCCCUAUUAAAAGAACCUGAAAAAGUUGCCAAUAUUGUACAUGCCGCUCGAAAUACGAUUCCGCGAUGGCGUAAUUCUCACAUGGAAAGUUGUAAAAUGUUAGACUAUAUAGAGGAUUCAAAUAAAAAUAACAAAGCAGAAAAUAAAUUUAGGUCUAUAACACGAUCUCAUGGUCCAUUCUCAAUUUCUGCUAAAAUUCGUAUGCCAACUACAAGUAAUAGAUCUGUUGGAGAAGGAAGUUCAUGCGAUCCAAUCAAACUUACCGUUGAACUUGUCCGACGUUUAUCUGUAAUGGGUGUUGACUGGGUUACACUACAUGCAAGAACACCUCAACAACGUAGCAGGGACUGUGCUUCAUGGAAUGUGGUUCAAGAAUUGGUCGACUGUAAAAUUAAACAUUCUUACUUGGGUACUGAUAUUCCAAUAAUACUGAACGGUGAUGUCCGUGUACUAAACGAUGCAUAUUGUGCUCAGGAAAUGACCGGUUGUCAUGGUGUUAUGGUUGGUAGGGCCUUGUUGAAAUUCCCACAUCUUUUUACUCCAAAUUAUAUCGAGGAUGAAAACUCACUUCGCUAUUUAUAUGAAGAUUGGUUACUUUUAUCUACACAAUAUACAGGAGGCACAAGUUUUGUAACUGUUCAUCAACAAGCAUAUUGGAUGAUGGAACCAUUUCUGGACAAAACAAAUAGAUUAAUUUUGCAUAGUAUUGGAAGUUUCCAAGGUUUAGUCGAUUGGCUUUUUAAAUAUUUCAAGACAGAAAACAGCUGAUUUGUAUAUUUUCUUUGUACAGUAAAGCAUUUUCCAC